AUGGAAGACGGUCACGCAGAAAAUAGCUCUGAUCAAAGUAUAUUAGAUACGACUCAUGAUCUGUUAAACUCAAUUGCGGAUUCGAAUAAAGAAGAUACUAGUAUUGCAGAUUAUCUGGUUGUAACCACUGAUCUAUUAGAUCAGUGGUUGUAACAGGGAAAGGUAUUUUGAAAUGGGAAGGAUAUUUUGAAGCACUAAAAGAUAAAUAUCAAUCAUAUAUCGACAGCGACGAAAUGGACUUCCCCAGGCGGUAGAGCCAAAUUGUGUGAAACCCAGGAAUUGGCCAUACGUUGGUACUCAGAUACUAGUACAUUAACAUUUAAAGGGGAAAAAUCAAACCAAGCAAAGGCAAAGCUAAUCUCAAUCGUUAAAAAUAGGAAGGAAUCAAAGGCGAACUCAAGUCCGCCUGAAUAUGACGGUGAUUUGCAUACGUUUGAUUCUAUAAAUCCCCUGGGUCUGGGAUGUAGAAAGCACUCAUGCAGUCAAGCGAUUCUACACAAGAUGAUUUCAGAAUUAAAAUGGAGCAGUUUGUGGCAACAACAACGGCAAAAAUCGAUGCUUUACCAUCGGCAGUUAAUUAAUAAUCUCAAACAAGACAUUUUACCUGAUGUCUAUGUUAUGGCCCUGCAGAAUCAAAUCAAAAUGCUGAAAGCAGAAAAUAAGCAACUACGUGAAAAGAAUGCCACUGCUUCUCUUGCUAUGUCUGAUCUUCAGACGAUAGUUAAAGAGCUUGAAAACGAGAAGAAAAGUCUUAUUACGGCUUUCAAAAUACUACAAGUAGACCAUGAUAGCCGUACAAAGAGCCCUCCAACACCGAAAUUAUAAUUGUUCCUGAGGCUGAGGACAAACCCGAUGAAGUCAUACAAACAAAAGAGAACCGUAAACAGAAACGUAAACAGAACCAAAAUAGCAAACAGAACUCUCAACUAAAACAAGGACGAUAUAGUUUAUUAAACGUAGAGGAUGAUGACGAAAAUAUCACGAUCGAUAGACGUCGAGCAAGCCUAUCCCGAACAUGGCUACACGCCUGGUUCUACUGGACGCAAGCACAGGAAUCUCAAGCUCAAGAAUUUCGUACUAAUGAUAUUGUUAUCUUGGAUGACUCCAUGAUAAAAUAUGUGAACGCAAGGAAACUAC